AUGUUAGCCAUUUCGACUUUCGAAGAAGACAUCCAGUUCAACGUGCUGCCCAAACUCACGAUUUCCCUGCCGGCUGAGAGCAUCGACAUUAGCCAAUGGAACAUUCCGGAGCGUAUUGAAUUGGCGGAUCCUCAUUUCCAUGAAAACGGCGAGAUUGACAUGCUGAUUGGUGCUGAAUAUUUCCUGAAUUUGCUCAGAGAGGGGCGACUGAAGGCGUGUGAAGGUGGACCGACUCUACAGAAUACCGUUUUCGGUUGGAUCGUGGCCAGUCAAGUUCCUGAAUGCUCGCUUCCUAGUCCGCAAGCAGCAGUUUAUCUUUGUUCUCUAUCGGAGUUGAACGACCAGCUCACCAGGUUUUGGGAAUUAGAAACGUGCCAUACCAAGAAUACUCACUCAGUCGAAGAGAUGAUGUGCGAGAAGAUCUUCAAAACCACUACCACCAGAGAUGAAAGCGGACGCUUCGUAGUGACUCUGCCAAAGAAGAAUGACGUUAUCCAGCGAUUGGGAGACUCCAGGAGUACCGCAUUGAAACGGUUUCUAUGUUUGGAGCGACGGUUUGCGCUAAAUCAAGACCUAAAGGCAUUGUACUGCGACUUCAUCCACGAAUACCAAUCGAUGGGACACAUGAAAGAGGUUCAGGACAACCAGACUGCAGAAACAGUUUAUUACCUGCCACAUCACGCUGUUUUGAAGCCCGAGAGCACCACGACGAAGCUGCGGGUCGUGUUCGACGCUUCAUGUCAAAGCUCAACUGGAGUGUCGCUAAACGAAGGAUUGAUGGUGGGUCCAGUCGUCCAAGAAGACCUGUUCGCGAUCAGCAUCCGAUUCAGAUUCCAUCCCAUCGCGAUUGUUGCAGAUGUUGCCAAAAUGUACCGUAUGAUUAACGUGCAGCCAGAAGACCAGAACCUACAGCGCAUCUUCUGGAGAGAAUCUGCCAAUGAAGAACUUCGAGAGUUCCAGCUGACGACGGUGACAUACGGUACAGCAUCGGCGCCGUACUUGGCAACGCGAUGUUUGCAGCAACUAGCAAUUGAAGGUGAAGGUACGCAUCAGACAGCAGCAAAGAUUCUGAAAGAAGACUUCUACGUGGACGAUAUGAUUACCGGAGUUGAAGACGUUGAAGAAGGCGUGAAACUAGUCAACGAAAUGAUCAUGCUAACGAACACGGCGGGAUUCGUGCUCCGAAAAUGGAAUUCAAACUGUGAGGAGGUAUUGGCCAAUCUUCCAGCUGACCUGCGUGACGAGCGCCCAGUAUAUGAGUUAGACUCAUCCAGAGCCACCAUUAAAACUCUAGGCUUGGCCUGGGAUCCCCAUUGCGACUCGUUCCGCUUUUCUGUUCCCAAGUGGAAUUCGACCACCAGUAUUACGAAGCGCAUCGUGGCCUCUGAUGCUUCGAUGUUGCCCUCAUGGAAUAGUCGGUCCAGUGGUGGUUCAAGCUAA